UUCCCAGCGAUCCCUUACAAGAAGAAGAUUCUGAUUCUGCAUUUUUCAAUUAUGUAGUAUGUUGUAGUUUAGUGUCUUCUGCGUCUACCACGAUGGAAGAUCAGAUGCCUGGUAAACAUUCGUGAAGUUUAGAACAGCGAUAGCUUUUUGAAUACAUAGAAUUCGACAUAAAUGAUAUCUCUUGUGUCUAAUCUGCCUGAUAUUUUUGAUGCGAUGUAAGUGGAGGUAAAGGAUCACAGCCGAUGCCGAAAGCGACGAGUUAACGAAAGCGUCUGUGCGGCCGACGGGACCAAUUAUGACCUGCCGGAAGUGGCGACGACGAAGAGAAGCAGAAAUCCUCGCAAUUUGUACAGGAGCUGGGCUUUUUACUCUUUGUGGUGGACCGUCUCUACGGUAGGUUUUAGGCUGAGCUGCUCCUCUCGUCUCGGCUCUUCCAUGCUAAAAAAUGGAGGACCCGGCUGAGGAGGUGGCAUUCGAAGAUGACGAUGUGCGCAGCAUAGCCUCUGACUUGUCUAGUUCAGAUUCAGAAGAACGUGGACAAGCAAAAAACGAAGGACAAGAAGAAGACACUCCAAAAAACAAUGGCGAUGGCACAACAAGGUCGCCGUGGAACAAAACCAGGUUGUCUCCUGUUGUGGACGCAGCUGCGGCAGAGCAUCUUCCUGAUGAAGCAGGAGCGGAAAGAAGACUGCAGGAUGCUGCAAAUGAAGUAGCUUCAACACCAAAAAUAGAAGAUGUAGAGGAUGCGACAAUAAAGACUGAUGUUGUCGUGGUUGGCGUUGGGUCUUCUGUAGCUGUCCCUUCUUCUACAAGUGGCGUGUCGUCCACUGUCGACCACCACAGCGGAAAAGGCAAUCAGCAAAACAAGGGCCAACUUGCACCUUCUUCGCGUUCUCGGUUUCCCGCUCCACCUGGAGGCGGGAAACCGUACGUCGCGCCUGGACCAGGGCCGUCGCACAGAAGCAGAUUCCCGAUAAUACCCAAACCCGCACCACCAGUCGCGAUAGUUGAUGACGAUGAUGAUGACUUGCUGGACCUCAUGGAGGCGAAGGAAAGCGGCGACAAGAACGCGAUCAUCACGGUUAAAGCAUCCUCAAGAUUUCCUGAUAGCCCCAUUCUAGGCGCAACAACAUCCCGCUUCGCUACCCGCAAUCACACAUCUGCGUCGUCAAGAGGCUACAGAGGCGGGCCACCUCCUCGAAAGGAAGAGCUGUCAACAUUUCCAACUUUCAAUAACCGUGGAGGUGGAAGUAGAGCAAAUAGAUCUUCACCUAUUUUGCGAGCAAGAGACGAUCACGAUGAUGUGAAUGAGGAAUUGCUGCAGCCUAGCUUGAGUGACGAUGGUGCGUUGAACAUUAUUGAAGAGGACGACGCAACGCCAACGGAACGGCCUCGCAAAAGCCCCGAAUGCAGGGCUUUGCCGCAUCACCAGUUGGGUCCUUUCGAUGCUCCUUCUGCUGCCAGACCUCCACUCCAUGCGUCUUCAAGUCGUGGGAUUCCACUACAGAGCCUGUACGACAUAAUGCCUGCAGCACCUCCUGCUGCUCAUCCGCCAGCAUUGCAGACAAAUCUCCCGCCUGGAACCUACGUCGUUGUUCACGAUACACCGGUUUUAGAUCCGAUGCAGUUACAGCAAUUUUCAUCAAUGCACCCUGCUGCUGUGUCUUCUAGUACAACAUCACUAAGCAGGAGAGUGGUGCACCAUCAAGGCGAGGACGAGGACGAGCCGCUUGAUAUAGAUGAGGAGUUGUCCGCAAGUAGCGGUCUCGACGAUGGUACAACGGGAUUCGCUGCUGGUCAUUUUGGCUUUGGAGGGGUGGAUGAGCAACUCCCACUACUCGCGCUGGAGGAAGAAGCUAUGAAUAACAGCAACUACAAAGCGAGUCCGUUCGACGUGCAGGCACCAUUGUCCACUGGUCCGCGUGCAGGCUGUACUUUGUUUUGCGACGAAGACCCGUUUUGGAAAGGUUUUCUGGGUCGUGAUCUUACUCGCACCGAGCCUGACUGGCUUGCGAGCGUCUACCCACGGUUGCGGCCCUUGCUCCGAGGCAGAGCUGAGCUUCGGGAACACGAAAAGCAGCGGUUGCUGUGGGAGGCUAGGCAACAGGGCACAAAUACUUCCUCCUCUUCAACAUCUGCAACAACAACUUCUGCGCUCAAUAAAAGUAAGCAAGUAGCGGGUGGCAGAGGACUUGGUAUGAGUGCAAUAUGUCCUGCGGAGAUAGCGAAGAAACCCCUGGUUUUAGCCCUUGACCUCGAUGAGUCUUCCGCGACUGAUGGCGGUCCAGGUGGUCCUGACUCAGGUGGAUUUCUAUCGCCGAGCAGAGCAGGAUCUUACAAAGGGGCAAAUGGCUUCACAGGUUCAGCGUCGUCGCUAUAUCCGACAAAAGGAGGUUCGGUUACUAGACCUUCAGGGCUCAAGGGUGCGUACCUUGCGGACUAUCAUGGCGAAGGUACUCCCUCAUCUUCAAGAACAGGGCACCUUGACGCGGCUGCUUUUGGCUCGGGACCACCAGGACAGCUACACCAACAGCAGCAUUAUCUUCAACAUUUUCCCCAUGCUCCACCAGGAGGUGCGAAAGAUUCCAAAGGGAGUUCUUUCAGUCCUGCUGAGAUAGAUCAUCAUGACCACCAGCGUUGGCAUCCUUACGGCGGCGCAUCGAAGUCAUCUAGCACAGCAUUGGUCGGACACUAUAAAGGAAGCGUUCCUGCUCCUCUUUCAUCAAUCUCUAGCGGACCCUACUCAGGUAUGAAAGGCGCAAAUGCAACGGCAGUAGAAACAAACAAGGGGCCACCACCUGCUGGACCGCCAGGUUUCUCAAAUGGCCAAACAGCAGGCAAGGGCCCAAUCGGCGUUACGCCGAAGCCCCCGACAGCAGUGCCGCCAGGCGCAUUAAUAGCUCCCCCUCCGGGUGGUGGCAAAAAUAUGAAGGACGGGAAGAGCAUGGUAGACAUGAAAGGCGGGGGUCCUCCGCAUCCCGUUGGUGCGAAGGGAGCUGACGCACCAGGAAUCGAGAAAGGUGGACUCCUGAUCGGUCCACCUCCAGGCGCAGUACCAGUUCCAAGCUUCGCUGCUGCAGUUGCACGACGGGCAAUAUCUCCAACCAGCAAAGACAACGGAGGACAGCAUAGUGGAGGUAUACUUCUGAAAGGCAAUGGCAAGGGAGCCAAAGGCAAGCCGGUGUCACCACCAGGAGUAUUCCAACCGCUCAUGCCUAGGCAAGAAGGCUUGCUCCCGCCAGCACAGCAUAUGGUUGAAUCAAGUGGUUGAACCAAGUGACCUACAUACUACCUUUUCGUCCCCAAAACAUAAUGUCUUCGUGCAACCCCGAUGAGGUUCAUGUAAGUACGCUGCAGAGAUACCAUUCUCUGUCGGGUAUGACUUUCCUUUGUUUCUCCGCUGACGCAUAAUCCUUGAAGACUCACGUUGAACUCUCCACUCGCCUUUUUUUUACGUGACGCCCUUCACUUCAUUCAUCUAGCGAGGAGCACGGUUUUGCUAGACAGUGAUGUGACCAACCGUUCACGUGGACUUUUCAAGUCGUUAGCUACGUCAUCAUUCAAAUCUCUUCUCCUCUACACGAUCUUCAGGACGCGCUUUGUCGUUCAAAGAACAAGCACCCUCAAAAUUCGUGUGGUUAUAUCCCUUUCUUUCUCUCGUGUU